UCUACAAAGAAGUUCACCAACCAAACAUCGAAAGUUUAGAAAAAGUCCACAAGAAAAUCCUCCAAAAGUACCAAAAGUUCAGAAUAAAGCUCACUUAUUAAACAUUGAAAAACUAAAGGAAGAUUUGCAGGAAAAUUCGCCGAAAGUUCAUCUAACAAAUGUCGAAAAAAAAAAGACCACAGUAAAAUUCAUCAAAAAUUUGGAGGAAGGCUCAACAAAACUUUACCUAUCAAAUGUUGAAAAACUGGAGGAAAAGUUCAGAGGAAAGUCCAUAAUAAUUCGUCUACCAAACAUCGAAAAACUAAAGGAAAGUUCACAAGAAAAUCUCUAA